UUUCACGGAAGCACCUGCGAUGUCAGUGUUUUUCAAUUAGUGGGAUCCUAUGUGAUGUCAAAGGACGAAACACCAGCAUGCUCAGCUAUGUGUUGGUAGCGGUUUUGUCUGUGUCGUUGGCAGUGUUAUUCAUUCCUCGCGAGUGGUCCGUUAAAUUUGGAAACGGAUCAAAACAGCUCCCCCCUGCGCGGAUACUGAGCAGACACGAAUUAUCACUGUACAACGGGGAGGAAGGCAGCAAGGGCCUCUACCUGGCCAUACUGGGGCAGGUUUUUGAUGUACACAAGGGACACAAGCACUAUGGACCAGGUGGAGCCUAUCACUUUAUGGCAGGCAAAGAUGCCUCACUGGCCUUCAUCACUGGAGACUUCACAGAAAGUGGGCUGACAGAUGAUGUGUCCAGUCUCUCCCCCCUGCAGGUGGUGGCUCUGUAUGACUGGCUGACCUUCUAUCAGAGGGACUAUCAGACUGCAGGUGUGGUGAUAGGCCGGUUCUAUAGCGAGGCUGGGCAGCCCACAGAGGCCUUGUUGCAGGUGGAAGCAUCACUAGCAGAAGGCAAGAGAAUCAAGGCCCAGUCUGAGGCUGAAAGGAUACACUUCCCAGCCUGCAACUCAGAGUGGAGUGCUUCUAGGGGAGGAAGAGUCUGGUGCUCCACUAAGAGUGGUGGGGUAGUAAGAGACUGGACCGGUGUCCCACGGAAGCUCUUCUCUGCAGGAUCCAGUGGUGUUCGUUGUGUCUGUGUCGAAGACCCAUCUGUAGCAGAGGAGGACCCCAACCUGCAGAAAUAUGAAGGCUGCCCUCCACAUGCUGACUCAUGCUCUGUUGGAGAGUACUAGUCUCUGGGUCAGCCCAGAACAUGGACCAAUUCAUGGACUAUUUAGCAGCACAAAACUCAGGAAAACACCGGGGCCUGUACUAAUAAAUCACAGCAAUGAACCUGUUCAUAAUAAAGAGUUAGAAUAAAGAAAUCUCAGUGCCUUUGAUUUUGA